AUGUUGAGAGCCGCCUGGAAGCUCUCGUCCUCGUCUGCGUGGUGGAGGGGGGUGGAGGGUGGGAUGCAGUCGAGGAGUCUGGCCCUUGGAGAGACACGCAUGCUAAUGCCUGCACGUUUGCUGCACCAGCCGCUUCCGGGCAGGGAGAAGAGGGCAGCUCGGCCAGCGCAUCAUCUGCACACACCCCACGGAGCCGACCGCCUGUGGACCUGGGGGCCGGGACGUCCCACCGCCAAGCCCCCCACAGGCAGGGCAGGUGGUGGAUCCCAUACACCAGCGUCAACCAGCCAGCCCCCCACCACACACCCUGCCCCUCACCCAGUCCCGCCGAGAGGUCAAACACGGCCAGCAGGCCGUCCUCCGACCCGGAGACCAGGGCCGCCGGCGCGUCGGGGUGCAGCUGCACGGCGGUCACGUCCUGGGCGUGUGUGUCACCCCAGUGCGCCAUCUGGCGCCCCGACCGGGCGUCCCAGAGGGCCAGGUUGUCCGCAACCCCGGCCGCCACCAGCGUGGGCCCCACGGCCACGCUCAGCGCCUCCCCCCGGCAGCCGGCCCGGAACUCCUGCGCCACGGCGCCGGCCCGCAGGUCCCAGGCCCGCACCACCCCGUCCCCGCUGGCGGUGUACAGGGCUGCGGGGCUGUGCGCCGCGCUCACCAUGCCCGUGA